AUGCGCAUCUCAGCCAUCACCGGCUUCUUGGGCCUAGCAGUAGCUCAAGCCGUCUACCAAUCCGCGCCAUUCUACCUCGUCUUGAAAUCAAGGAACUCGAGCCUCAACGGCGCCUACCUCUCGCCCUGCCACGAAGGCGCCGCAGAAAGCGCUCUAUGCCCAACGAAAGAACCACCCACCGACCUGAGCUACAGCCAAUUCUACUACAACACUUCAGCCCCGGAUGCCCAAGAUCCUUUUGGCACGCUGGGUUGGGACCUUCCCAUCGGUGAAGGCAGCGACGGCAUUUCCGUCCCGCAACCCAUGAUAUUCCAAUACAACGACGCAUCCAACGUCGCUGUUCCGCUAUUCUUCUUCGGCAACCCCACCUCUGUAGAGUUCGGGAGCGGCGACAACCAGAUGACGAUAUUUUCCUUCCGGGACGACACGAAGCCGCUGUCGUUGGACAAUGGAAACUACUCGGCUCAUCUGAGCCGGUGGUACGUUUGCGACACGAUUCCUACCUGGUACCUCUAUCAGACGUUGGCGUGGGCCAUGGGCAAAGCAAAGCCGCAGAAUCCUUCUUGUCAGAAGGUCGAGGUUUAUCGGAAAUGGGCUUGA